AUGGCCUACCGCCGGAAGCCUCAGCCCCGGCCUCAGCCGACGCCCUCGUUCGAGCACCACUACCCGCCGUUCGUGGGCCCCGCCUCACCCGACUCCCUCGCCGCGCAGGCCAUGCGCGCCUCCGCCGCGCACCGCGAUGCCUCCUCCCUUGCCUCCGCCUACUCCUCCUCAGCCUCGCUGGCGGCCUCUCUCCGGAGCCACCACGAUCCCUCCGUGUCCACACCGUCCCCGGAUUGUUCAGGCUAUGAAUACACGUCCAUGAAGAGCCUGAACGAGGCCAAGUAUGGAUUCUGGGGCACACUUGCGCGGAAGGCAAAGUCGUUUCUUGACGAGGACUGCUCCCCGGAGCAGUACAAAUCGCCAAGAGACGAUGUGCAAGAUGAUGUCCAGCUUCCACAUUCAAAACAAUUGCCAGGAGAGACGUGGAAACCUCAGACACCUCCAUCUCAGAAGAGAUCUGAGUCUAUAACCUCCUCCCUUACCUUUAUUGGAGGCACAAUAAAAAAUGCACUUGAAGAAGGUCGGACCAUUGUAGAGAAUAAAACGGCCGACAUUAUUCAGGAGACGCGUAAACUGAACAUAAGAAGAAAAGGAGCUGGUCCAAAUACACAAGGAGAAGCUGGCCACAAAAUUCUGCAAAGACACCUUCCUCAAAAUCCACUAGACCAUGAAACUCAGUUGAAGGCAUCUCGCGACGUUGCAAAUGCCAUGGCUGCAAAAGCAAAGUUGCUAUUGCGGGAGCUGAAAACUGUGAAGGCAGAUUUAGCUUUUGCAAAGGAACGCUGUGCUCAGCUUGAAGAAGAGAAUAAAAUGUUGCGUGAGUGUUAUGACAAGGGUGACAAUCCAGAAGAUGAUGAUCUGAUCCGCCUCCAGUUGGAAACACUACUAGCUGAGAAGGCACGGCUUGCACAUGAGAACUCAGUAUAUGCACGAGAAAACAGAUUCCUGCGAGAAAUUGUUGAGUAUCACCAGCUCACAAUGCAGGAUGUCAUAUAUGUAGACGAAGGCAUCGAAGAGGUCACCGAGGUGUACCCUACACAAGUACUACCUCGCACUAAAGUCUACUCAUCAUGUGUCCUCGAAGAACUUUGUAAAGAAUUAAACAGGCAUCUUAGGUGA